AUGACAGAGUUUUCGACAAUAUCUACUCUUGAAAUGUUUGCCCAUUCCCUUAUUAACACACAUUGUUCUAUUCUUUCCCAACCCAAAUUUGAUCUGUUGUCUGUAACCAACAACUUAGCACCCGAAAAUGUUCUUUCAAUUUCAACGGACGAAGAAGCAACUGAAAGUACAUUUCUUACAAUUGAAUAUUAUGUUGGAUAUUCAAUACUAUUUUCUUUCUAA